GCCCGAACUAUACACAGUCUCCAAGUGCCGCAUUGUUAUACUUAAAUAAAAUAUAACGGUUGACCUCAUAAACAAAAAUCUUUUAAAAACCAAGCGCCGUAUCGGAGCGCGCACACAUCGAUGUUUACGUCGCGAUAUCGUAAAUUCUUCGCAUCGAAAUCGAGUAAAAUAUUAUAUUAUAUUUAGGUAUGAACGCGUGCGCGAUUCACCGACAUCGAUUGUAUAGUACUUACUACCGCCACGAAAUGGCGAUGUUUCGAGUGUUAUUUACGUAGUGAUAAAUAUUCGAUUGCAGGCUAAAAGAUCAACGUGGUUCGAUAAUUCAAUUUGACGGCCCAGGAACAUUCAAUAAACGUAUAUCAGCAGCUGAGUUCCAUCUGUAUAGUAUAUCACAACGGCGUCGUAUUUCAUAAAUAUAUAUUAGAUAUAUUAUACAUAAUACAUACUUAUCUAUAUUUCCGUCAUCCAUCGACCAUCGGCCAACAUGUUGAUGCUGUUAAGGAUCGCCGAAAUGCUUAUCCCAAUUAUGAUAGCCAUUUGUAUGAUGGGAUUCAAAAAUAAAAAUAUUGCUGACUAUAUUAAAUUACUCCAACUACAAAAACACGACUCGCACUGGUUUUUCAAAAUUGUUUUCACUCAAGUUUCUAUAUAUGUAAGUUUGUUUUUUUCCAUGCUUGUCAUAAGUGGACUAUUGAUUAAAGAACAAAUUCCUAAAAAAUUGGUACUUAUUGGCUCAAUUGUACAAGUACUUUUAUGUAUUAUAUCUUCAUAUUUUUUACUUCAAUUUCAUAAAGAUAUGGGAAAGUUUGAACUUGUUUUGUGUUCAUCAGCAUUUGGAUUUAAUGGCUUGCUGUUUACAAUUGACGCGAUAAUUAUGUUUCAACAAAUCGUAUUUUCUCGUCCUCGAUAAAUUAUAAUCCAUAUUCUAUUUAAUAUUUUUAUUACUUAUGUAUAACAUAUUAUUAUCAUGAAUGGCAUUUAAUUGCUACUCAACUUAGAAUGUAAU